AUGUCGAGACCGCAAACUUUCGCGAUCGUUCUCGCGGCUUGUUGCUUGCUGCACUGCCACCAAACCGUUCAGGCUACGAAUUCCACAAACUCGACCAACGCGACAGUCACUCUAGAUGUGAAGCCGACAGCAGUCGCUACCUUGCAGAUCAACGGCACAAAGUUCACCUGCACCAUUCAACCAGGGACGUUCCUAGGGUUGACUGUAGUCAGCUUGACGGCAGUCACGUACAACACCACCGCGCUUCCCUUCCUCGUGCAGUCGUUCACAUACAGUGGCUCCAGUCGAAUUCUAGAGCUCGAAUACGGAGCCGCAGCUCUCAAGGCCAUCACCGUGAAGCUUCAGAUCGAGAGUCCGACGACGGCGGCAAGCAGGAGGCAGAGCACAGUGUUCGAGCCGAGGGUCUUCUGGUUAAACAAGAAGACUGUACAAUGGAAUGUGUUGUGCUCCAGCGUGCGAAAUCAAACAGAGAACACAGUCUCAGCUUCGAUUCCUACCGACGUGCUCAAUGGCGAUGCUUUCAAUCCUUAUAGCGACUGCGCAUCUGCCGUCACUUCUGCAGGAUAUUGUGGAACAGGAGGAUUGCUCAUGAUUCUCUCUGCUCCUCCUUCCAUCUGCCUCAACAUCACAACAACUCCUCCAGCUCCUGGUCAGUCCAUUCCUGCCUGGCAGAUCGUAGCCAUCGUCCUGAGCUGUGUCGCUGCUGCUCUCUUCCUUGGUCUCGCUAUCUUGUACUUCAAACGCACCUUGCCCGCUGUCAAGUCGGAUGGAUACGCCAUAGUCGAUGAGAUUCUUCCUGGAUUUGGAGCGUCGGUCUCGGGACAAGUUCAAAUCGGAGACGUCAUCCGAAGUAUCGACGGCAUCAGCAUCGUUGGCAGGGAUCUUGAGACGAUCCGACGCCUCACGCUGGGCCCAGAGGGGAGCAUCUGUAACCUACUCAUCUACCGAGGAGGCAUGAAUGUCGUUGCUCUAGUGAGAAGGAUCGGAGCCCAACUUGACACGCUUAACUCCACCAAGGAAGCACCAGUGGAGUUGCCUGGGAGUAUCCGAGGAAUCCUUCCCGCCCUUACUCGUACACUCAACCCUGAGGAGAUCAGAAAGCUCAUUGUCAACUUGCUUGCUGAGUGA